AUGCUUCGAACAUCUCCCCUCCUCCGUCAAGUCGGCUCCGCCAGCACCCGCAAGACAUACGCUGCCGCCCUCACACCACUCUCGCAGCGAUGCCAGUCAGUUCAGCAGAGCGGCCAGCAGACACGCCAGGCACACGCGAUCAGCAACCCGACUUUGGCCAACAUUGAGAAGAGAUGGGAAGCUAUGCCCCCUCAGGAGCAGGCCGACCUGUGGAUGGCUCUGAGAGAUCGCAUGAAGGUGGACUGGAACGAGUUGACGUUGCAGGAGAAGAGGGCUGCAUACUGGAUCGCUUUCGGCCCUCAUGGCCCUCGUGCCGAAGCACCACCGGGUGAAAGCAGCAAGAUCUUCUGGUACACCAUGAUCGGCGUGGCCGCAGGAGCAGUCAUAUUCUUCACCACACACCACUUCGCGAACCCACGACCGGACACUUUGACAAAGGAGUGGCAGGAGAAGACGAACGAGUACUUCCAGGAGAACAGAAUCGAGCCCAUCACUGGCGCGGGUACGGAGAACUACCGGGGCAAGGGCAUGGUCCAAAGUCCACCCAAAGGACAAUACGGCCAGUCCUGA